UUUGAGCUUACCGGAAGUGCGUAUCAGGCGGAAGUAAAGAUCCGCAGGCGCAUGUGUGGUCUGUUGGAGGAACAUGGCGGCGGUAGAAGUGAAAAAGAAGAAAAAGGCGAAGAAAGUGAGCGAAGACGACGUGGGGGAGAUCCAGCAGAGCACAGACUUCCUGAUCAAACCUGAGUCUAAAGCUGCGACUCUGGACACAUCCCAAUGGCCCCUGCUCCUUAAGAACUUUGACAAACUGAACAUCAGGACAAGUCACUACACUCCUUUGCCCAAUGGCAGCAACCCCCUGAAGAGGAACAUACACGACUAUGUGAGGUCUGGCUUCAUAAACUUGGACAAACCAGCUAACCCGUCGUCUCACGAGGUGGUGGCAUGGAUCAGGAGGAUCCUUCGUGUGGAGAAAACGGGUCACAGCGGAACUUUGGACCCCAAAGUCACAGGCUGCCUCAUCGUGUGUGUGGAUCGAGCCACGAGAUUGGUCAAGAGCCAGCAGAGCGCAGGUAAAGAGUAUGUGGGCAUCGUUCGGCUGCACAACGCCAUUGGCUCCCAGCAUGAGCUCGCCAAGGCUCUGGAGACUCUGACUGGAGCUCUGUUCCAGCGCCCCCCUCUGAUUGCUGCAGUGAAGCGCCAGCUCCGAGUUCGAACCAUUUAUGAGAGCAAACUGAUCGAGUACGACCCUGAGAAGCGCCUAGGUAUCUUCUGGGUGAGCUGUGAGGCGGGCACAUACAUCAGGACCUUGUGUGUUCACGUUGGGUUGCUGUUGGGGGUGGGGGGACAGAUGCAGGAGCUGAGGAGGGUCCGAUCAGGCGUCCUGGGUGAGAAGGAUAACCUUGUGACGAUGCACGACGUGCUGGAUGCUCAGUGGCAGUUUGACCACAACAAAGACGAGUCGUAUUUGCGAAGAGUCAUUUUCCCCCUCGAGAAACUGCUGACUUCACACAAACGUAUCGUCAUGAAGGACAGUGCCGUGAAUGCGAUCUGUUACGGGGCAAAGAUCAUGCUGCCUGGAGUCCUGAGGUACGAAGACGGCAUCGAAAUCAACCAAGACAUCGUUAUUAUCACAACCAAAGGAGAGGCCAUAUGUACAGCGGUGGCGCUCAUGACCACAGCAGUCAUUUCCACGUGUGACCACGGUGUUGUGGCUAAAAUCAAACGUGUGAUUAUGGAGCGAGACACGUACCCAAGGAAGUGGGGACUCGGACCAAAGGCGAGUCAGAAGAAAAUGAUGAUCCAGAAAGGCCUCCUGGACAAACACGGAAAACCCAAUGGAAACACACCAUCGGAGUGGACCCACGAGCACCCAGAAUACAGUGUGAAGGAGGUGAAGCAGGAACCUGAGACUCCAGCAAAGAGGAAACGUGACGACAGUAUCUCGGAUGCCCCGGAGACUCCUGCGGUUACGCCCGGUGACUCGGACACAAAGAAAGAAAAGAAGAAAAAGAAAAAGGAAAAAAAGAUCAAAGUAGAGGCGGAGCCAGAGGAGGGUGUGGCCACAGAGGAAACAGAUGCUCCAGAGGUGAAAAAGAAGAAGAAAAAGAAGAAACAGGAAGUGGAGGGCUCUGAGUGAGAGCAGAGGAUCAUGGGACACUGAGUCUGAACUGAAGCGGCUCCAAGAGCAGAGUCUGGAGCCUGGACUUUAUUUUUGUAAAGUGUUUUUGUAAAUAUCAUCUUUCAGAAUAAACUUUUUAUUUGUAUUGAUCUG